AUGAACCUAGCUAAGAUAUAUAUACAGUAUGAUUCGUGGUGGUAUUAUAAAGGACGAGCAAAUGGUGUUAAAACUUGGGUAUCUCGUCCAGAUGUAUUCCCACAAGGAAGUCAAUAUGUAUUUAACCAGACCGGCUUACCUGUAUCCGCCCAUAACCGAUACUGGUCUAGCGACACAACAUAUGCAAAACAAAAUGGUGGAGCUUAUAAUUUUAUUGUUGAACUGGUGUUGGCUGUCCCAAUGGAUGAGAAAUUGUGGGAUGAUUUAUUUACCGAGGGUAGAAAAUGGGGAUUAGUCUCUUAUGAACAGGAUUGGUUAAAUGAUGAAUUUUUUGGAAUGAAAGCUUUAACGACUGAUAUAAAUAAUGCCAAAGUGUGGUUAACUUUAAUGGGAAAAAGUGCCAGGAAAAAUGGUAUUACUAUACAAUAUUGUAUGUCGAAUUGUCGACACGCCAUGCAGUCACUAGAACUACCAGCUGUAACUCAGGCUCGUGUAAGCGAUGAUUAUUCACCAGGACAAGAUCAGUGGAAGAUUGGUAUAUCAUCAAUAUUUGCCUAUGCUAUGGGCGUGGCACCAUUUAAAGACAACUUCUGGUCGACAACUAACCAGUCGGGAAAUCCUUACAGUCGAUCUGAACCAUACAAUGGAUUAAAUGCUGUUGUAUCUACUUUGAGUACUGGCCCUGUUGGUCCGAGUGAUAAGAUUGGACUUAGUAAUGUAUCCCUGAUUAUGAGAUGCUGUAAUGAUGAUGGUCUUAUCUUGAAGCCGUCUAAACCAGCAACAGCCAUUGACAGUCAGAUAUAUCAGUCAGCGUUUGGUACUGGGGGUCCUGUUGGUGAAUUAUGGACAACUUAUUCUAAUAUCGGUUUUAUUGAGGCGAGACAUUUUGGUAUUAUUUUAGCUGCUGAUAUACAAAACACCUUUCAGCUAACACCAACAUUAGCAGGUUUCGGUAAUAUAACUGGAUAUAAGAUUUUCUCUAUGGACAAACCUGGCCAGUUAACAGAUUUCUCAGACAAGUCCCCAGUAUCAAUAACUCCUGCCUGUUCUAAAAUAGACUUCUGUCUCUAUUACGUUUCUCCGGUUUUAAAGACAAGCCCCGAAGUAGUUAUAUUGGGCGAACUGUCCAAAUGGGUUCCCGUUUCACCACAAAGAGUCCAAGAAAUCAGCCAAUCUGACGACAUUAUAAUUACCAUCACUGGAAAACAAAGUGAAUCAGUAACAUUCAGUUUUUCUGUAGACGGUGUUAUCAGGUCUAUUAACUGUGUAUUAGGAAGUAGUGGUACUGCUCAGAUACAUGUAGAAGCUAUGAAAUGUUUGUCCAGUUAG